CCUCUCUCCAGACAUGUAUGUGAAAACCCCUGCCCAAAAUUUUUUUGUGAAAAGCUCUGUUCGUAAGGGUCUCCUACCAGAAAUCUUAGAUGACCUCUUAACAGCCCGUAAAAAAGCAAAAGCUGAUCUGAAGAAGGAGACAGAUCCUUUCAAGCAAAAGGUUUUGGACGGUCGACAGCUUGCUUUGAAAAUUAGCGCUAACUCCGUUUAUGGAUUCACAGGAGCCCAAGUUGGAAAGUUGCCAUGUCUCGAAAUCUCUGGUAGUGUUACCGCGUACGGCAGAACUAUGAUUGAGCAAACAAAACAAGAGGUUGAACAACACUAUUGUAUCGCAAAUGGUUUUAAAUACGAUGCAGAGGUUAUUUAUGGUGAUACUGAUUCUGUAAUGGUACGUUUUGGAUUUGACAACCUAGAAGAGACAAUGAACUUGGGGCGUGAAGCU